AUGGCUUCUACUCCAACCCCACCACCAAACUACUCCCCAGUCCCUGCACCUAGACCAUCUGAAAAUCAUCAUCAUAAGCAUAAUCACACUCACCAAAAUAGUCGUAGACGCCAUAGAAAUGAUUGGUCUUCUUCCUCUUGGAACUAUUCCAACUCAAGGUCUGCAUGUUUAGCUCCUGCUGCUGCUGCUGGAGCUGAUAUAGCUUCAAAUGGUAGUGGCAGAGGUGUAUAUUCGCUUGCGCCGGGAUCUUUAUUGGGUGGAAGGAGAUCAAAGCUAGCUCCGGAGUUUUCUGGCAGGAAAUCCACCAAGUUUGCUGCCAAGAAACAGUAUGGAAUGCCAAGGGCAGCAGUUAAUACACUGCCUCACAGCGAAGCUGCCAACGAGGUUCUUACUUGUCUCUACAAUGCUGGUAACAUUGCUGCUAAUAUUGAUAAUGUUUUGAUUUCGAACGAACAUAGGCUAUGGGAAGUUGAGGAUUAUAUUUAUAUGCUUAAAGAUUUUGGUAUUACUGGUCACUUAUUGUUAGCUGAGAAGUGUUAUGAAUUUAUUAUGUGUAAGCCAAAUGGGAGGGUUGCGAAAGGUAAGUUAACUAAUGCUAUGAUUAGUACUCUAGGUAGGUUAGGGAGGAUUGUUCGUGCUAUAGAAGUGUUUGGAAAAUCUAGGAUUGAAGGUUAUGGAAUUACCGUGUAUACGUUUUCGGCUAUGAUUAGGGCGUAUGGCCGAAACGGGCGCUUCCGUGAUGCUGUAGAAUUGUUCAUGUCUAUGCGUGGCUUGGGCAUAGUGCCUAAUUUGGUUACGUACAAUUCAAUAAUAGAUGCGGGGGCGAAAGGGGAGGUGAGUUUUGAUGUGGUUGUUAAAUAUUAUGAUGAAAUGCUAGCUACUGGCAUAAGGCCGGAUCGUCUUACUUAUAAUUCACUUCUUUCUGUUUGCGCCUCGAAGGGCAUGUGGGAAAUGGCGCAAAAUUUAUUGAGAGAAAUGGAUGGUAGGGGUAUUGUUCGCGAUGUGUUUACUUAUAACACGAAUUUGGACACGCUGUGUAAAGGCGGCCAAAUUGAUUUGGCUAGAAGGGUAUUCGAAGAGAUGUCUUGCAAGUGCGUUUGGCCAACUGUUGUGACGUAUAGCACACUUAUGGAUGGAUAUGCCAAGGCUAACCUCUUGGAAGAUGCCCUUCGUCUGUACGAAGAAAUGAAGCUUCGAUCUAUUUAUAUUGAUAGAGUGUCAUAUAACACGGUGGUUGGAAUCUACACGAAGCUUGACCGGUUUGAUGAAGCUGUCAAUAUAUGCAGAGAGAUGGAUGGAUGUGGAAUUAAAACGGAUAUUGUUACAUACAAUGCUUUGUUGGCCGGGUACGGACGACAUGGCAUGUAUGCUGAAGUGAAAAGACUAUUUGAAGAGAUGAAGUCUCGGAAUAUAUUUCCAAAUACAUUAUCAUACUCUACACUGAUCGACGUGUAUACGAAAGCUGAAAUGUUUCAGGAAGCGAUGAAUGUUUAUAUAGAGUUCAAGAUGACAAGAUUGGAGGCUGAUGUUGUCUUUUAUACUGCAAUCGUAGACGCGCUAUGCAAAAACGGUUUAGUGGAGUGGUCCAUUAUGUUGCUUAUUGCAAUGAUUGAUAAAGGAAUCAAACCGAACGUGCUUACUUUCAACACCAUAAUUGAUGCCUGUCAACAGUUGCCAACUUCGGAAUAUGGAGUUCAUGGAUCUUCUCAAGCCAUUGAGUAUCCAAAUGAACAAUCAUCUGUUCCACUUAUUGAUGGUGCUUUUCAGACUAAGCCGGGGGAGGAUCGGAUCUUGAAGAUGUUCGAGCAACUUGCUUCUGAAAAAGCUGGACAUAUAAAGAAGCUUAGGAGGGGAAGACAAGACCUACACUGCAUAUUUUGGCUCGUCCAAAAAAUGCAUGAGCUGCACAUUAAACCAAAUGUUGUCACAUUUUCAGCCAUUUUGAAUGCAUGCAGUCGCUGCAAUUCAUAUAUUGAUGCGGCAAAGCUGUUAGACACACUGCGCCAGUUUGAUAGCCAGGUGUAUGGUGUAACCCAUGGACUGUUGAUGGGUUAUAGGGAACAAGUAUGGUUUAGUGCUCAGACUCUAUUCAAUGAACUCAUGCGUAUGGAUUCUUCAACUGCGUCCGCGUUUUAUAACGCCCUCACAGAUAUGUUAUGGCACUUUGGUCAGAGACGCGGAGCUCAAAUGGUAGUAAUCGAAGGGAAAAACCGAAAUGUGUGGAAAGGCGAAUGGUCAAUUUCUUGCUUGGAUCUGCAUCUGAUGUCUUGUGGUGCUGGCUGUGCUAUGGUUCAUGAUUGGUUGCUCAAUAUGCAUAGGAAUUUAUUCCAAGGCUCUGAACUGCCAAAGACUGUGAACAUAUUAACUGGUUGGGGAAAGCACAGCAAAGUGAUGGGUGAUGGAAUUUUGAAAAGAGCUAUUGAAGCACUUCUUAACGAAAUGGGAUCACCUUUUAGAUUUGCUGAGCGUAACAUGGGAAGACUUACAUCUUCUGGAGAUCUCGUGGCUACUUGGCUGAGACAACCCGGCGUUAUCAAUAUGCUCGUUCUGUCCGAUGUCCUUAAUCAUUCUCAACCUGCCGGUCCACAACAUGGUUAUCCAGCUCCUUGCAAUUAG